AUGGACACGUCGUCAACCCUCGCGACGAGCGCCACCCCGACAAUUCCCGCCGAACAGCUUGCCGCACUUACAUCGCUGCUGUCGGGACUCACCGCUGCCGCUUCCGGCACUACCGCACCCGCCACGACAUCCGGCUCCAAUCGCAAUGCCUUCCCGAAGCAUGCGCGGUUGGACGGGCCGAAGACGUUCGCGAACUGGACACGCCAGCUUCGCCUGUGCCUAGCGGACGACAUCCGCUCCUACGUCCUCGACGGAAUCACCCCCGACGAUUGGACGCCUUCGCAACGCUCCGCCCGCGACGUCGUGGCACGCGAGAUCCUUGCAAACUCAAUCGACUUGGCCGAAGUCUCGGCAGUCCUCGACAAGAUCCCUACGGCCGACCUCACAGCGCCCAAGAUUUACUCGACGCUGAAAUCGCGAUACGCCCCUGAUGACGCCACUCGCACGCUCGAGCUCUUCUCGCGACUCUGGGGCUUCCGACCCAUGCCCGGAACGGUUGGCGAAUUUGACAGUUGGAUCAUGGACUUCAAGUCGGUCGCGCAAGAGAUCAUCGAUACGAAAACGACGAUCAACGACGUCCUUGCCACACUCCUCCUCGCGAUCGCCCACCCGUCACUCGAGAGCUUCAAGGCAACGUUCACCGACGAACAACGCACGCAACGAACUCUCCCUGACAUCGAUUCAGUGGCCGACCGUAUGCGAGUUCAACUCCGGUCAACGAACCUCUCCAACGAUCAAUCGGCCCUCCUUGCCUCGUUGUCGCCACGUUCUGUGAAGAGUCCACUCUCAGCUCGACAGGGGCGCCUCGGUCGUUGCGCGCACUUGCUAGCCCGCCCCCGGCGGUGGGGACUUAGACGCGCGCGACUGCCUCAGCGCGCCAGCGCCGGCGGAUUCAUGCGCGCGCCCGCUAGCCCGCCCCCUUGCGGUGGGGACUUAGGCGCGCCGGCGAUUUCACCCGCGGCUGACUUAGGGAUGUACAUUGUCACGCGCCUGGGACUAUCCCAGCGUGGCCCCCCCCUUUCUGUUUCUUAGCUUCCUUCUCAUCACUUCUGUUCGACUCUCAACCUCUCCUGACAGUAGUGGUGAACGUCUCAUAGGUACGCUGAAAUAGAUCACUUCUGUUCGACUCUCAACCUCUCCUGACAGUAGUGGUGAACAUCUCAUAGGUUAUAAGCCCACGAGCCACCAGCUGGCAUGACCACGACACCACCCCUCGCGACGGGUGCCAACCCUCCGAUUCCCGCCGAACAGCUCGCCGCACUUACAUCGCUGCUGUCGGGUCUCACCGCUGCCGCUUCCGGCACUGCCACACCCGCCACGACGUCCGGCACCACUCGCACUGCCUUUCCAAAGCACGCACGCUUGGAUGGUGCGAAGACCUUCGCGAACUGGACACGCCAACUUCGCCUGUGCCUAGCGGACGACAUCCGCUCGUACGUCCUCGACGGUAUCGCACCCGACGACUGGACACCUUCGCAACGCUCCGCUCGCGACGCCGUCGCUCGUGAGGUCCUUGCGAAUUCGAUUGACUCGGCCGAAGUCUCGGCAGUCCUCGACAAAAUCCCUACCGCCGACCUGACAGCGCCGACAAUCUACUCGACGCUGAAAUCGCGGUACGCCCCUGACGACGCCACCCGCACGCUCGAGCUCUUCUCACGACUCUGGGGUUUCCGUCCCAUGCCCGGCACGGUUGCCGAAUUCGACGGGUGGAUCAUGGACUUCAAAGCCGUUGCGCAAGAGAUCAUCGACACAAAGACAACUAUCAAUGAUGUUCUCGCCACACUCCUCCUUGCAAUCGCCCACCCGUCCCUCGAGAGCUUCAAGGCGUCGUUCACCGAUGAACAGCGCACGCAACGAACUCUCCCCGACAUUGAUUCGCUUGCCGACCGUAUGCGAGUCCAACUUCGGUCAACGAACAUCCCCAGCACUCAAUCGGCCCUUCUUGCCUCGUCGUCGUCACGUUCUACUCGUCUCAAGUGUCUCGCCUGUCGCAGCCCUUCGCACCGAGUCGCGGAGUGCCCUACGAGGGCGCAACACCCGCCGCCAGGACCCUGUCGCUCCUGCAAGAAGAAGGAUCACUGGUCUCUCGACUGCAAGAAGGCGCUCGAGGACGGCAAAAUGUUGAACUUCGCUCCAUCUCACUUCUAG